GUUGGUCAACUGUCUACAAAACUGACCUGCUAUGAUGAGAGCAGACUAGUCCUGCAGGUAUUGAAAGAUGGAGGGAAGUACUUUCUGGACACUCCCAAUGAAGACUGUGGAAACUGGAUGAUGUUUGUCCGGCUAGCCCGGAACCAAGAAGAACAGACCCUCGUGGCUUAUCAGCACUGUGGAGAAGUCUACUUCACAACUGUUAAGCCAAUUGAACCCCACACAGAAUUGAAAGUAUGGUAUGCUGCCGAUUAUGCCAAAUUUAUGGAAGCUUCUGCAGUCUUCAUUAAAGAAGAAUCUGAUAUCUGUCCUUUGCCUCCAGUAGCAAAAGAGCCUGUAGACCCUUGGAUAUGCUCCAGCUGUAGAAGCACUUUUGCAACUUUUUCUCUGCUGGAAUCUCACCAGUGCAUCCAUAAAGACCGAGUUCUUACCACCAGGUUCAGACCACCAAAUAAAUUGGGACCUGUAAAAACGAAAAGCAAACUCAAAGGGAAACUGAGAGGAGCGGCAUUAGGCAAAAGCAUUGCUCAGUGCUAUGGGACCAUUUCCUGUUCUUCUGCUGCAAAGCUUAGCUGUGCCAGCUCAGGAAGCACUUGUGAUGCUCUUGUGAGGUUUAUACCUAAAUGGAGAAAUGGCCGGUCUUCACUGUUGAAGGGAAGAGAAGUGAAGCAGCCAGACAGUUACCCUUGCCGACUCUGUGGGAAGAUAUUUGAUUCCAUUGACAAGCUCACAGUCCACACUUACGCACACAAAGGGGAGCGCCCCUACAAGUGUUCACAGCACGGAUGCACAAAAGCCUUCAUUUCCAAAUAUAAACUGCUCAGGCACUCAGCCACUCAUUCGCCACAGAAGUCUCACCAGUGUGGGUACUGUGAAAAGACCUUUCACAGGAAAGACCAUCUAAAGAAUCACCUUCAGACUCAUGACCCUAACAAGAUGGCCUUCAAGUGUGAAGAAUGUGGCAAGAAGUACAACACCAAGCUAGGCUAUAAGAGACACUUGGCUCUUCAUGCAGCCACCAGUGGGGACCUUACCUGUAGGGUAUGUGCCCAGGAGUUUGGCGGUACUGAAGUUUUGUUGGAACACCUCAAAAGCCAUGCAGGGAAACCAACUGGCAAUACCAAGGAAAAGAAACAUAAGUGUGACCACUGUGAGCGUCACUUCUAUACCCGUAAAGAUGUGCGGCGUCACAUGGUAGUUCACACAGGCUGCAAAGACUUCCUGUGCCAGUUUUGUGCCCAGAGGUUCGGGCGGAAGGACCACUUGACUCGCCAUACAAGGAAGACUCAUCCACAAGAACUGCUGAAGAGCAGAUUGCAGAACGGUGACUCAGUGGGUCUCCUUGACCAGCUUUUUCCAUUCAGACUGAAGGAAGAUGCCAGCAUACUGUCCCCUUUUCCUGAAAGGGUUUCUGUGCAGAAUGGGAUUUUGAAUAGUUCAGAAUCAGAGGAAUACAAUUGUUCACAUCUUCAUUCCCAGCCAAGCUUACAAACUGCUCUUCCUCUUGAACCUUCUCCUCAUUUGCAAAGGAUGGGCUGUGCAGACAGCCUUCCAGCUGUCCAUCCCACACCAUGCUCAACAGCCGUUCCUGCCAACCUAAACCUUCAUCAGCCUAGUAAAUAUGACCUUAGUUCUACCUCAUUUGCAGCAGGAUCCCUCAAGAAUCUACCGAUAAAAGUGGAUGUUAAAGGUUACAAUGUGCAUCUUCUUGAGGACCUGCCGUUACCAGAACCUCAAUCUCUCCACAAAAUCAGUCUGGAAGAAGCUUCCUCAGGGCCUGUAGGGGAUACUAACAAGUACCCAGUGCACAAAGAGACAGAGGCAGCAGCUGAAACUACGAGCCUGCCUUUCAUGGAUCUCACUCACGUGAUGAGUUUCUGGCAGCUCCCACCAGGUGACAACCAGAACACUACUGGGGACAUCACAAUGGCAUUUGGUCCAGAGGAGCCAUCACACAGGCUGAAUGGCCUCGGCCAACAGCAAGGUCUUCAGUUAGCAACUGGUGGGAUGGCCAUAAACCAGCUGCAUCAUCUUCCUCGCUCCUUUCCAUCCACUACAAAUUCUGUAACAUUGCCUCAUUUUCACCAUGCCUUCAAAUAACUGUCACCGUGGUUUGGGGUUUUUUCCUUCUUUUUUUAAGACUGUGCUUCUUGCUUAAAUCUGCUAGGAUGGGGUAGUUUUGGUUUUGUUUUGUUUUUAAGAAAAACUGCCCCAAAUGUUUUCAAAGCAGGCUAUGAACAUGGUAGUUAAAUUAAGGAUGUUAAUAAACAAGAAGCUCUAUAUUUCAUACUACUUAGGUUUUUAGCAUAUGACAAUAGUAGAACUAACAUAUUUCCCUCAACAGAUAUUUUUGUUUCUUACCUUUCAUGCAAACAACUGAAUAAAUAUUUUCAAUGAUAGCAAAGCAUCAUAACAGGCACAAUAAAACUAUGGCUGUUGUGGUAGGCGAAACAGGGUUAGGGUGAAUGGGAAGAAGGGGAAAAUCACAGAAAAAUAGUUUUAAUGAGCCAUAAAUCACAGCAAAUUUAUACACAUGGUAAACAUAACAAACGAUUUAUCAAUAUCACAUAGCUUUCUGUUAAGCACUUAAUUACUGAACUUUAUGAACCUUUAAUUUAAAUCAGAAUCAUUCCAAGAGUAAAUCUUACCUCCUUGUUUCACUUUUUUUUAAAUGAAGAUCAUCACUAUUGUGAUUACGUUUAACUAGAUUCUGUUUUCUGAAGUGCACUUCAGCUGUGUGCAUCUCCUGCAUUUUUUCCUAGGGCUGGAAAUAACUACCACUUCUGCAUGACUGUGUAAGAACUGAUGUCUUGUAUAUGUGCUGUUUUCAGGUUGGGAAGUGAAUUAUCUCAAAGCUUAGAGCAAAACAUCAGUUUUUCACUUAGAGCUGGAUCUGGCAAGGUAUCAAACACUGCUCUCUCACGCUCACCCUCUCUCUCUCUCUCUCAUAAAGCACUUAAGCAUUUGCUUAAAUUUAAGCAUAUGUUAUCCCAUUGGGUCAACAGCUUGAUUGAUUUAACACUCAAUAAAAAAAUAAUGCUUCCUACCUAAGGGGCCUUUAUCCACCUUCUGUUGAUAAAAAUGGCCUUUGUUUAGUCUGGGAAAUGAUUAUUAAUCGUAGCCAUCUGAAAUGUGGAUUUCUUCAUGGAAAGCCAACUCUGGUCCAGGGGAGCCUGCGACCAAGCAGGACCUCCGUGAGCCAGGGGCAGGUCCACGCACAGAAGGGUUGUGGUGGUGAGCUGACACUGGGCCCUGUUCAAAACCAGGUUAUGAACCUGCCUCACAAGUGUCGCCUGAAAUUAGUGGGUGUGAUAAUGGUUGAGGCCAUUUUAAUCACAGGGGUUUUGCUCAGUAGUGUUGGGACAGCUGCAGUUGGACUUCCAGCCUUUGUUUCUUCUAAACCAGAACCACAGGGACUUUUGUUUGUUUCCUGGGAUAAAUUGUCCACAUACCAAGACACCAUCAACUGGAAACGUGUGACAGUCCUAUUACCUGAUGCAUGAACUAGCAGAAAUUGCAAAAAUCACAUCUCCCAGUAGAUGACAUUAUUAAAAAAAAAACCCAAAACCAAACUCUUCACAAUUUACUUUCUUGCUAACCCAUAGUUAUAAAAAAAAAAUCCUGUUUUUAGUGGAUGUUGCAGUUACUAGUGGAUUCUGUUGCAGCUAAAACAGACACAGAAUUUCUGAAUCUGAGUAAAUUCUCAAAUCCAGACAGCUAUUUUUCCAUUAAAUCCAAAGAGAGUUAAUAGUACCUAAUGAUCAUGACAAAGACGGCGUGAAGCAAGCGUGUUCUCUUCUCUCCCAUUAAUCACAGGAAUAUUUCCAGACCACUUCAAAUAAAAAAUAGUAUUUAAAUGA